CUGAAGGCUAUUAUAAGGAUUAGACUAUUUUGACGUAUAUAUGCUGGUUUUGCUUGUUUGAAAUAAUGAAUCGCUACAUUAACGAUAUAGCUGCAGUGUCAUAUUACUUUAAAUUAAUACAUGAACGUCGCACCGACUGCUAUUUCAGCAAAUAAGCCACAUCCUUGCAACCGCGCAAGAUAUCUUGCAUCAAGGUAGGCUAACUGUCAUCGGGUCCGGUUGGUUUUUAACACUAGCUUUGCUACAGCCUCGUCUGUCCGGGCAAAAUGAUGGCCUUUCCAGAAUGGCGGCUGUCACUGAAGCUCGUGGACCAGCCUUCCCUCCCCAAGUCGGUGCUGCAGUUUCCCGAGAGCGAGCCCGGAGACGUUCCUCCUGGAGGGUAUCGCGUUGCGACGCUGAAACAGCUCGUUUCUGCGCAGUUACCGGAUGCCGUACCGGACCCCGACCUUAUAGAUUUGGUGUACUGUGGCAGAAAGCUAAAGGAUGAGCUGACGUUAGACUCGUAUGGGAUUGAAUCGGGCUCUACGGUGCACAUCCUGAAGAAGUCGUGGCCCGAGCCGGAGUCUCUCCCAGAGCCCGUCGACAGAGCCGCGGCAGCCAGAGAAUUCCGUGUUCUGCAAGCAGCCAUUCACACAAGCACAGCUUACCGGGACUCGGUGUUUAAAAUGCUGAAUAAUAAGGAGUCUCUGGACCAGAUCAUAGUAGCGACCCCAGGGCUCAGGAGUGACCCCGUUGCUCUGGGAGUGCUGCAAGAUAAAGAUUUAUUUGUGCAAUUCACUGACCCAAACAUGCUUGAUGUGCUUAUCAGCGCUCACCCGGCGCUGGUGAACGCCAUCAUCCUGGUGCUGCACUCCGUGACGGGCAGCGUGCCAGCCCCCCCGAGCGCCUCGUCCUCCAGGAACCUCUCCACAGGGUCCUACGGAGACAUGCCGGGUGGAUUUCUAUUUGAAGGCUUGUCAGACGAUGACGACGACUUCCAGUCGGGCGGUCGUGGGGGUCCCUCCACUAGCGUUGGCGGCUCGGCGGGCAUGCGUCCGGUGACCCUCGGCUACAGCGGCGCUCUGGGUCCUCGGCCCAUCACCCAGAGCGAGCUGGCCACCGCCCUGGCACUCGCCAGCACCCCCGACAGCAGCGCCGUCACCCCCACCACCAGCACCCAGGUAACCCAGGGCCCCUCCUCAGGUGUGUCUCCUGUGCCUGCCGGGACUCCCAUCACCAACGACCUGUUCAACCAGGCGCUGCAGCAGGCCCUGCAGGUGUCCAGCAUGUCCUCCCUGCAGAGCCAAUGGCAGUCGCAGCUGCAGCAGCUGAGGGACAUGGGCAUCAGGGACGAGGAGCUGAUACUGCGGGCUCUGCAGGCCACCGGGGGGGACAUCCAGGCUGCUCUGGAGCUCAUCUUCGCUGGGGGAGCCCCCUGAGCCAACACCCACCCCUCCUCUACCCCACUGGCCACUGAAGGAGACACCCAGGCCACCGAGGAGCUCAUCUUCACCCCUGAGCUACC